CGGAUGCGCCCACACUGCUCCGCGCAUGCGCUGUAGUGCCCACGCAGUCAGGAAAUCCGAGCGCCUCACGAAUAGUGAAUAGUUCCGCUCCGGUUCUCUUCUCGUCCUUUCCUGCUCACGGCCCGUCACCUCUGAAUCAUCAGCUUUAACACUAAAGGUCGUCAUGGUGGUUCUCUCCAAGGAGUACGGCUAUGUGGUGCUCACAGGCGUGGCCAGUAUGGUGAUGGUAGGACACCUGGCUAUGAAAGUCGGACGGGCUCGCAAGAAGUACAACAUCGAUUACCCGCAGAUGUAUAGUGAUCAUCCAGAACACGGGCAUAUCUUCAACUGCAUCCAGCGGGCACACCAAAACACACUGGAGAUGUAUCCCAACUUCCUCUUCUGUCUGACUAUAGGAGGCUUGCAUUGUCCGCGCCUGGCUAGCGGUCUUGGGAUGGUGUGGAUCAUUGGCCGAGAGGUGUACGCCUACGGCUACUCCACCGGAGAUCCUAAGAAGAGGAUGUGGGGGGUCUUCGGGAACGUCGCCCUGCUGGGCAUGAUGAUGAGCUCCAUGCGCUUCGGCUGCCAGCUGCUGGGGUGGGGCCCGCGCGGCUUCGGCUGCAGGGGCUGCGAAUGAGCACCAGUUACACCAGCAGUUACACCAGGAGUACCAACAGACCCCCAUGUCCGCUCCCCCUACUCUACUGGCGGGAGGACUCCGGCUACAGUAGAAAAUAAAAAUAUAUAGAAUAUAUAUUCUAUAUAUAUGUUUUUUGAAUGUAAUUCCUUGAAGCAAUGUUCACAUUUAUUUGGCUUGUUCAGGAGCAACAUGCAGCAUUGAGUCUAGCUUGAUGAGUUUAUACGUAUCAUGUGGCCCUCUGUAUGUCUGACGGUAUAGCAACCGCUGUCUUAUGGUGACAGAACACCUUGAAAUGAGAUGGAGUACAAUCAGUCAUGAUAAUAAAAACAAACUCCAGAUUAA